GCAGCUUCCGUCGCUGCCGCUAGAUCGACGUAAUUUCAAAGCAACAUGGCGGACGAAGUUGAGCAGCAACCAACUACUAACACUGUUGAAGAGCCGCUUGACCUGAUCAGGCUCAGUUUAGACGAGCGGAUCUAUGUCAAGAUGAGGAAUGAUCGGGAGCUCCGGGGCCGUCUGCAUGCAUAUGAUCAGCACCUGAACAUGAUCCUGGGUGAUGUGGAGGAGACGGUGACAACAGUGGAGAUUGAUGAGGAGACUUAUGAGGAACUCUACAAGUCUACGAAGAGGAACAUCCCCAUGCUGUUUGUCAGAGGUGAUGGCGUCGUUCUCGUAGCUCCGCCUCUAAGGGUGGGCUAAACCAGGCAAUGUGGAGGCAUGCAGGACACCUGGUCCCCAUUUUUGUUGUAAAGUGUGGUGCCAGUCUUUUUGUUCCCCUAAUGUAAGACUGUUUGCCUUCACCAUCCUUCUAAUUUCAUGAGUGUAACUUCUCCCACUCUGUAUUGUUGCCUGCAAGGAACUUUGCUCAGGAAAUUGAUAUUUUUCAGUUUUGAUGUAGCUGUUAGUAUUACAGUAUCUACUUUUGUCACAAAUGUCUCAUUUUGGUUUCAGGCUGUUUUUUUGAAGUAUUAGCAGGCAUAAAUCUAAGAAAAUUAACUUCUGUUUAUUGUGGGAUUCUUUAAAUUGCCCAGUUUUUAUAUUGUUAACCCUCAGAAGUCCAUUAUGACAUAUUAAGUUGGAAGGGUUUUCAUUUAAUUAUUUUAGUCUCUAUUUGUAUUUUUAUGUUUGAAUCGUGUCCAUUUGUUAACAUUUUUCAUAUGGUUGAAUGAUUAAAAAAAUUAAUACAAUUUAAAAAAAAAUGUUUUAUUUUUCAAUACCUCUGAAACAAAACAUAUAAAUUGAAAUUACUGUGGCAGAUGAGGUGGUAUUAUUGCUAAAGAAUUGAGUGUCUUUUGAAAUGUAUUUUUCAACGAAAGUGAAUUUUGCUGACAUUUUCCACUUUUUUAAAUGUGAAAUUGUUGUGGUGUUGCAUUUUAACCACAAGAUGGCAGUAUACCUCUAAGUGGUUUUCUGUGAACAGUCGAGAUAAUCUCUUCAGACCUGAAAUCCACAGACUUACACAGAUGCAACUGAGAUCUUGUUGUCACAAAAAUAUUUCCUUCUAACAUCUUAUCAUUUUUUAGGCAUCAUUCAACCUGUUGGGCUGUUGUUACAGAUGUAUAUUUUUCUUUUAAAUCAGUUACUCAUCCAACCCCUUGAAAGGCUUUUUGAAGCAUAAAUGUAUCUUAGAGGUGGGCAAUAUGGACCUAAAAUUUUAUCACAAUAUUUUGUGGUACUAUUGUAACGAUAAAAGCAAAGAUGAAGAAAUAUCUUCUGUGCAGUCUUUGUUUAGGUAAGCGUGGGGCUAUGGCUGUGACACAAGCACUUCUCUUGAAAAAUAUGCUUAUUUGAAAUAGACUUUUUCAGGACAUCAGAUGCAUGAGGACAUGUGAUUUUCAUCACUAAACUGCUCACAGGAGCUGCAUUUAAUCUCAUUUUUGAAUUUAUAUUUAUUAAUGCUCUCAUUGAGCAAACAGUGGAGAAAAUAGUAAAAGUAACAAUCCCAAUAAUACAGAAACCUUGGAAGUUUUCAAACAUCAUUAACAUCAUUCAGUACUGUUUGAGAGUGAGAAUACCUCCAAAAUGCUUUAAUAGGGAUGGGCCAUAUGUAUUGUCUGUUGCCUUAUGGAAUUUUGAAACCUACUUUUAUUAUGUUCAUUUUUGUCCCUUUUAGAAGACAUCAUUGUUUUAUUGUUUGGUCCUUGUUUCACAAGCUUUUGCUCAUGGAUUUCUAUCAUAUUUUGCACAAACACUGAAGUUUUCCAAAGAAUGGACCCUAACUAACAUUUUGACUAAUGCCAUUAUUAGAUAAAACUUCUAAUAAAAUCCCCAAAACUUGUUUUUGAUUAAAUUCAUGCAUCAAUUCCCUUUAAUGUUGCUGGAGCCCCUCUGUUUGCGUCUGAUUAAACAUUAAAGCAUUGCCUAGUAAAAAAUGUUUACAGUGUACAUUUUAGCGCUCCUACAGUAUUGUGAGCAGACUGGCAUGCAGUUUAUAAAGUGUUUAUACUUUUUGUAAUUAAAAAGAUCAACCUUCAUUAAAAGCCUUCUUAAACUUU